AUGGUCAAAUUUAUCAUUGAUUAUUACAAAGAAAAUAACGAAUUGUCUGACUCUAUUCUUGAAGAAAAUCUUUUACUUUCAUUAGAAUUUGGACAAUCUGAGAUAGCAAAAUUUUUAGUUUCUCUUGGUGCAAAAAUCAAUAAACCUGACGAAUUAAAUAGGGAAUUUAAACGUGCAAUAAAAGAACUGAAUGAAGAAAUUGCAAAAUUACUUAUUUCAAUUGGUGCAAAUGUCAACAUAGAUAUUGACGAUUGUCAUUCAUAUCUUCAUAAAGCAGUAUAUAAGCAAUAUGAGAAGCGUGUUGCACUUCUUGUCAAACUUGGUGCAAACAUAAAUUCGCACGAUGAAGAUUAUAACACGCCUCUUCAUCUUGCAGUAAGAGAAAGAGAUUAUCAGAUUGUGGAUCUUCUUAUUUCACUUGGUGCUGACCUUGAAGCAAAAGGUGAAAAUGGACUAACACCUUUGCAAAUGGCAGAGGACUAUAGACACAAUAAUAUUAUACAACUUCUAAUUUCAAAGGGAGCAAAUGUCAAUGCGACAAAAAAGAAAUAA